GAAAACAGCCGUUGCGCUGGGAUUGCAACAUUGACAGUCCUGUUGCUACCUCUCAACAGUGUGAGCUCCUCCAGAUAUCUUUGACUCAGGAAACUCAAAUUGUGGGGAUAUGACUGGUCGACAUUUGAGCAUUCACCCUUAGAAGAGGAAAAUCCCUGAUUCUCUGUUGUGACCCUUGUUCUCUUGUAGACAACAGCUCCUCAACUAGGCAGAAUGAGAGAGAAGCUGGCUGCCAUGUCGCGAUCGCUGUGCCCUUGCUCGCAGGCCGAGUCCAACGAAGACCUAAAGACACCGAAUGGCGGCGAAGAAAAGAUGCAAAUGAAGCGCGAGAUUUCCCUCCCCAAUGGCAUCUGCCUCAUCGUGGGCAAUAUGAUUGGCUCUGGAAUCUUUGUCUCGCCUAAAGGCGUCCUCAUGCACAGCGGCUCUUACGGGCUAUCGCUAGUCAUCUGGGCUCUCGGCGGCAUCUUUUCCGUUUUCGGAGCACUGUGCUAUGCAGAGCUGGGAACCACGAUCACUAAAUCGGGCGCUAGUUACGCCUACAUCCUGGAGUCGUUUGGCGGUUUCCUAGCUUUUAUCAGGCUGUGGACGUCCAUCCUGCUCAUUGAGCCGGCCAGCCAGGCGGUCAUCUCACUGACCUUCGCCAACUACCUAGUGGAGGCAUGGUACCCCACCUGCCAGCCACCUUACGAUGCCAUCCGCCUCAUUGCUGCCGCCUGCAUCUGCAUGCUUAUCUUUGUAAACUGUGCCUAUGUGAAGUGGGGCACCAUGGUCCAGGAUCUGUUCACCUACGCCAAGCUCAUGUCACUAAUCCUCAUCAUCAUUAUAGGUAUCAUGAAGAUAGCCAAAGGAGAAACCCAGAACUUUCAGAAUCCGUUUGAGGGUUCCUCCAUGGAGCCUGGGCCUAUAGCUCUGGCCCUCUACUCAGCUCUGUUCUCCUAUUCUGGCUGGGACACACUCAACUUUGUCACAGAGGAGAUCCAGAACCCAGAGAGGAACCUGCCUCUGGCCAUUGCUAUCUCCAUGCCCAUAGUGACCAUCAUCUACCUUCUGACCAAUGUGGCCUACUACGUGGCUCUGGACAUGCCCUCGCUACUAGCCAGUGACGCUGUCGCCGUGACUUUUGGAAAUGCGGUCCUGGGACCGUUCAAGUGGAUCAUUCCCAUUUCCGUGGCCAUGUCCUGCUACGGAGGACUCAACGCCUCCAUUAUCGCUGCCUCCAGGUUGUUUUUCGUGGGGGCGAGAGAGGGACACCUUCCAAACAGUCUGAGUAUGAUCCAGGCGGAGCGCUACACACCUGUGCCCGCCCUCAUAUUCAACGGGUUGAUGGGCUUGAUCUUCCUGUGUGUGGAGGACGUGUUCCAGCUCAUCAACUACUUCAGCUUCAGCUACUGGCUCUACGUGGGCCUGUCUGUGGCCGGCCUCAUCUAUCUGCGCUUCACUCAGCCAGACAGACACAGACCCGUUAAGCUCUCCCUGUUCUUUCCCUUCGUUUACUGCCUGUGCAGUCUGUUCCUGGUCAUCGUCCCUCUAUACGGAGACACCAUUAACUCCCUCAUAGGGAUCGGCAUCGCCCUGUCUGGAGUGCCUGUCUACUACGUGGCCAUAUACCUGCCUGAAGACAGGAGGCCCAAGUUUAUAGGCAGACUAAAUGCCUGGGUCACCAAAUACACCCAGAUCAUGUUGUACUGCUGUCUGACUGAACUUGAUGUGGAGCCAGAGAAGCUAGCAGACAGCAAAACUCAGUGAGGAGGCCUGGUGGCCCCCCACUCCUGGCCCAUGCCACGCAUGAUGCACAUGCCUGGAACACGAAACCUGACUGAACCGUGCAUGGACAAAGGCUGCACUGAAGGGUUGGCUGGAGGGGGCUCGAUGCUUGUACCACAUUGCAUUCUCAAAGGCUUUCCAUGUCUUGAGGACAAAAGAGGAGCUGGUACUUGAUCAUGUGCGAAGAAACUGAUAACUGUGGGAUUAUUCAAAUUUUUUUGUAAACAUAUUAUAUUUUCCUAUAAGAGUAUGACUGCUCAUUAUGUAAUAUGCUCAUUGUAAUAUAAUGUAAUGUCCUUACCCAUGUUCUUCUUCAAGUGUUUAUACCUUAAUGUUCCUCUAAGAGGUUUACCUGGUUAUUUCUAUGGAUAGCACUUACAGUACAUGUCCUACAGAUCUGACAGUCAACAGUCCUUGGCUUGUGUCUUUUUGUGCUGAGUCACUGAGUCACUUUAUGCUGAGUCACUAAGUGGGGGUCUAACAAUGUUAUGACUUACAAAACAUGGCCGAAUGGACCAAUCGGUAUGCUGUAAAUUACAUACAGUAGCACUAAUCACAUAACGCAUGCAUUAAUUACAAUUUGAGCUCUCAAACAGGGAUUUGGUUAUUAAUGUGUUUUGUUUUUAAUUGCUCAAUGAUUAUAUUUUAAUGUGCUACUACCUAAAACUGUUGUAGCCUACCAUUUUAUUUAGCUAGGCUUGGGCCCAAUGCAACCCAUUUUUAUCUAAUUUCAAAUAAUUUCUGGGUAACAAUUAAGUACCUUACUGUGACUGUUUUCAAUAAAAAUGGACAAAAAGAAACA